UCCUGUCUGUCCGGGUUCAGGAAUAGCCUAUCAACGCUCUUACCUUCUCCAGUCAUGCAUGCUCUCUCUGCGCUCCGACAAGUUGCUUGCUCCAAGUUUAUAAAGUUUAACUAGUUUUCAAUCUGACAAAACUGGAUCUAAGGAAUUGCUUCAAAAGCAGCCCAUUACAGCAGAUCAGCCAAAAUGGCAUUCUCAUCUCGUUUUUCCUUCUGGGAGCAAAAGGUCAAAGAGGAAAACAAGCCAGACAGCAAAAAUUCAGAUACUAGUGACGGGCUGUCCAAUCGAGCCAAGUCUGUUCCUGCUCUUGACACUGGAAGGGGGAUAUACCGGGCAUUGAGCCCCCCAGCUGUUGCAUCUUCAGACGUGGUUGGUCGAGUCAGGAGUCCCUCGCCACCUAGAGUCAGAACACCUGUUAAAGUGCCAGAACGUUUCAAAAGCCCUGAGCCAUCAUCGUCACCAUCAUCAAAGAUGGCAGAGCGGUUCAGGAGACCUGAAGCAAGACAUAAUUCUGUGUCCCCAAACCUGAUUACAAAUGGUAAGCGAGAACAAAAUGAUGUUGCACCAUGUGUGAGCUUGCCGGACUCUACAGAUGAUCAAGGUCUGACUCGCAAGAAAGUAGUGAAAGUAGUACGUCGUGUUGUAAGGAAAGUCCUGCCCUCGGAGGUAGAAGAAACUGCGCCAACACGUGCAUCAGAAAUUCCAGAAGUAACCAGAAAUGGUACUGCUCCAACUUCUGUGUCCAAGGGCCCACUGAUGUCUGCAUUCUCUUUUAAACACGAAACAAUCAAAACAGAAGACAAAGAAGACAUUUCUCGAGGAUCAACCGACUUGAUGAUGAGAGGCAGGACAAGAGAACCUCGAUCGAGAAUACGUAAAGGUGACCAUGCAGAAACAAAAGAACUGGAUAAUAAAAUUGAUAAUAAGGAGAAAAAGCAAGUUGAGACCAACAAAGAGAUGAAAGAGGAUACAGUCUCCCAAAGGUCUCAAGAGGACAAUUUAUGUCCUCCUGUACAAUCACCAGUAAUCCCUGUGACUGAAAAAGGCGCACCUUCAAAUAAAUCAAUUCCAUCGUCACAUUUUACCAAGUCCUCCCAUUCCAGAGCGACAUCUUUGCCACAGGUCUUUGGCUUCGUCCCAGCACCCAAGCCUACGUCUUUGCGUCCACCUCCAGGCUUUAUACCUGUUACUAGACCAACAGCCUCUAAAAAAUCCAUCUCUACGAAUGCAGAAAUUGCAGCAGUUCCAAAAAAGACCUCACUUCAUCCAUCAUGUCAUCAUGUCUCAAGCAAUCAGCAUCCUGAAGUGAACCAUCCUCAUCAAAGUGUCAGCUCUCGCCCUAUGCCUUCUGCACCAGAAGUCAGUCCCACUCAUCAGCCAGCUGUCGGAAAACAAGAGGUAACACUGAUCAGUCCCACCGAGGAGGCUCAAAAACGGCUAAUGAGGAUCUUCAGUGCACCUGUGGAGCCGCCAGUCAGUGUUGCGUCUACUGUCCAAUCUACUGCCCUUGUAGCUUCACUGCCCCAUAAGCCCCUCCAGGAAUCAGUGGAAGAGGACUCUGUAGCCCUCCUUCAGUCAUCUCAUGCUGCUUCUAAGCAGUCCCAGGUAAAGACGGAGGAGCAGAUAGCAGCAGAGCGGGCUUGGUAUGGCUCUGAGAAGGUCUGGCUGGUCCAUAAGGAGGGCUUUUCCUUGGCAACGGUGGUAAAAGCUGAGCCAGGGUCCCUGCAAGAAGGCAAGGUGAAAAUCCAACUAGAGCAUGAUGGGACAAUACUUGAUGUGGAUGAGGAUGAUAUUGAAAAGGCCAACCCUCCAUCAUACGAUCGGUCCGAGAAUCUGGCUUUGCUGCUCUAUCUUAAUGAAUCCAGUGUGAUGCAUUGCUUGCGGCAACGCUAUGGAGGAAACCUCAUCCACUCCUAUGCUGGACCCAACAUGGUGGUUAUUAACCCUGUCAGUACAGCCUCCAUGUAUUCAGAAAAGGUGAUGCACAUGUUUAAAGGGUGUCGGCGUGAAGAAUCGGCUCCUCAUAUCUACUCUGUGGCCCAGUCGGCCUACCGUAAUCUUCUCACCACAAGACAAGACCAGUCGAUUGUACUACUUGGAAAGUCUGGUAGUGGCAAAACCACCAACUGCCAGCACCUUGUCCAGUAUUUGGUCACUAUUGCUGGCAGCACAGGCAAAAUCUUCUCUGCGGAGAAGUGGCAAGCAGUCUACACAAUCCUUGAGGCUUUCGGGAACACUUACACUUCAAUGAACGCCAAUGCCAGUCGUUUCUCACAUGUAGUGUCGCUUGACUUUGAUCAAGCUGGACAGGUGGCAUCUGCAUCUAUUCAGACAAUGUUGCUGGAGAAAAUGAGGGUGAGCAGACGACCGGACAAUGAGUCAACCUUCAACGUUUUCUAUUAUAUGAUGGCUGGGGCUGACAGCACCCUGAGAACUGAGAUACACUUCAACCAUUUGGCUGAGAACAGUACUUUUGGCAUCAUUCCACAGUCAAAGCCCGAGGAUAAACAACGAGCAUCCCAGCAGUUUACUAAACUGCAGGCAGCUAUGAAGGUGCUGGCCAUUUCGAGUGAAGAGCAGAAAGCUCUCUGGCUUGUCUUGGGAGCCAUAUACCACUUGGGGGCCGCGGGAGCAACAAAAGCGGGACGCAAACAGUUUGCUCGUCAUGAAUGGGCCCAGAAAGCAGCUUACCUUCUAGGAUGCACCUUAGAAGAGCUGUCUUCUUCUAUCUUUAAGAAUCAGGCUAAAGGCAUGAAGCACUCCACCUCAUUCAGAGGAGGACCAGAUGAAAUGAGCCAAGUUGAUUCAGCCUCAAAGGUCACAGCUCGGGAGUGCUUGGAGGCCAUGGCAUCAGGACUCUACUCAGAGCUUUUCACUUUGGUGAUAUCCCUCAUAAACAGAGCUCUCAAGUCUAGUCAACAUUCUCUAUACUCCAUUCUGAUCGUGGACACUCCAGGUUUCCAGAACCCUCAUCUUGCUCAGCAGCAGCGAGGAGCUACAUUUGAGGAGCUUUGUCAUAACUACACCCAGGAGAGGCUGCAAACCUUGUUCCAUGAACGAACCUUUGUCCAAGAGAUGGAGCGAUACAAGGAGGAAAACAUAGAACUUGCUUUAGAUGACAUAGAGUCCAGUCCUUCAGUGUCUGUAGCGGCUAUCGACCAAGCGUCAGCUCAAGCUUUGGUUCGUACUCUCGCCAGAACCGAUGAAGCCCGUGGCCUUCUCUGGCUGAUGGAAGAAGAGGCACUUAAUCCUGGCGGUUCAGAAGAGACCAUGCUGGAGAGGCUCUUCAGCUACUAUGGCUCAGCACAGGGAGAACGUAAAGAACCCAAUUUACUGCUACGAGGACAAAAGCCCAAUCUCUUUUUGCUGGGCCACAGUCAUGGAACGGACUGGGUGGAGUACAACACACAAGGCUGGCUUAGCCAUGCCAAGCAUAACCCUGCUUCCCAGAAUGCAGCCACACUGCUGCAAGACUCUCAAAAGAAAACCAUCAGCGGGUCAUUUAUGGGCCGAGCGAGUGGGGCAACAGUGUUAUCAGGCUCCAUUGCUGGUCUGGAAGGAAGCUCACAACUAGCCCUGCGACGGGCCACUAGCAUGAGGAAGACCUUCACUACAGGUGUCGCUGCUGUCAAAAAGAAGAGUUUGUGUAUCCAGGUCAAACUUCAAGUGGAUGCCCUGAUUGACAUGGUGCGUCGCUCCAAAGUCCACUUUGUCCAUUGUCUGCUGCCCAAAGCGGAGGCAGUUGGAGGAGGAAGCGAGCUGCGUGUUGGACAUGGAGAGAGUGCAGAUUCAGGGCUCAUGACUUUGGAUGUUGGUCUCCUAAGAGCUCAGCUACGAGGAUCGAAACUGCUGGAUGCAUUGCGCAUUUACAGACAAGGAUACCCAGACCACAUGGUAUUCUCUGAGUUCCGAAGGCGUUUUGAUGUUCUGGCACCACAUUUGACCAAGAAGCAUGGGCGUCACUACAUUGUGACAGAUGAGAAGAGGGCAGUGGAGGAAUUGCUAGAAUCCUUGGAUUUGGAGAAAAGCAACUACCACAUGGGUCUAAGUCGGGUUUUCUUCAGAGCCGGGACUCUGUCAAGGCUUGAGGAGCAGCGGGUUGUUCAGAGCAGAAGAAAUAUCUCUCUGUUCCAGGGUGCAUGCAGAGGAUAUUUGGCCAGACAAGCUUUCAAAAAGAGGAAGAUCCAGGAUUUAGCAAUCCGUUGUAUCCAGAAGAACAUAAAGAAGAAUCGUGGGGUUAAAGAUUGGCCAUGGUGGAAGCUUUUCACUAACGUCAGACCUCUGAUUGAGGUGCAACUCACUGAGGAACAGAUCCGUGGCAAGGAUGAAGAGAUCCUUCAGCUGAAACAGAAACUGGAGAAAGUCGAGAAAGAAAGGAAUGAACUGAGACUCAACAAUGACCGUUUUGAGAGCAGGAUUACUGAGCUGUCAUCGGAGUUGACUGAUGAACGGAAUACAGGGGAGUCGGCCUCCCAGCUACUGGAAACUGAAACAUCCGAGAGACUCCGUCUUGAGAAGGACAUGAAGGACUUGCAGGCCCAGUUUGACGAGACGAAGAAGCAAAUGGAAUUCAUGGAGAUGGAAGUAAUGGAGGCUCGUCUAAUCAGGGCCUCUGAACUCAAUGGAGUGUUGGAUGAUGAUGAAUCAGGGGGAGAGUGGAGACUGAAGUAUGAAAGAGCUAUCAGAGAAAUUGAAUUUACCAAGAAGCGACUGCAGCAGGAGUUUGAUGACAAGCUGGAAGUUGAGCAGCAGAACAAACGGCAGCUGGAGAGAAGGAUUGGUGACCUACAGGCUGAUAAUGAGGAAUCACAACGAAAUAUCCAGCUGCUAAAGAAAAAAACACAGAGACUCACAGCCGAACUGCAGGACACCAAACUUCACCUGGAAGGCCAACAGAGCCGCAACCAUGAUCUGGAGAAGAAACAGAGGAAGUCAGUGUUCGACAGUGAGCUCAGUGCAGCCCAGGACGAGGUGCAGAGGGAAAAGGCCUUCAGAGAGAAACUGGCACGAGAGAAAGAUAUGCUGACUGGAGAGGCCUUCAGUCUCAGACAGCAGGUUGAGGACAAGGACUUGGAGGUGUGUGCAGUCAAUCUUAAAUUGGACCAGCUAGAAACUGAGCUGCAGGAUCUCAACUCUCAAGAGUCCAAGGAUGAAGCAUCACUGGCUAAGAUGAGGAAGCAGCUUCGUGAUAUAGAGGCAAAGGUAAAGGACCAGGAGGAGGAGCUUGACGAGCAAGCAGGAACCAUACAGAUGUUGGAACAGGCUAAAUUACGUCUUGAGAUGGAGAUGGAGCGUCUGCGUCAAACCCAUUCCAAGGAUAUAGAGAGCAAAGAUGAUGAGGUCGAAGAAAUCAGACAGUCAUGCAGCAAAAAGUUAAAACAAAUGGAAGUCCAGCUCGAAGAGGAGUAUGACGAGAAGCAGAAGGUUCUCAAAGAGAAAAGAGAGAUGGAGUCAAAGUUUCUGUCAGCCCAGGACAAGGUGAGAAGUGGUGACAGUGAGACUGAGAAACGUCUGAGGAAAGACCUAAAGAGGACCAAGACUUUACUGGCGGAUGCUCAGAUAAUGUUAGACCACAUAAAGAACAAUGCACCCAGCAAGCGCGAGAUCGCUCAACUAAAGAACCAGCUGGAGGAAUCUGAAUUCACUUGUGCUGCUGCAGUUAAAUCCCGUAAAUCCAUGGAGGAGGAGAUUGAAGACCUGCAUGUCCAAAUGGAAGAUAUCUCCAAAACAAAACAGACACUGGAAGAACAGCUGAGUCGUCUGCAAAGGGAGAAAAAUGACUUGCAGACAAAAAUGGAGGAAGACCAGGAAGAUUUGAAUGAGCUAAUGAAGAAGCACAAGGCUGCUGUGGCUCAGUCUGCCCAGAACUUGGCUCAGAUCAGUGACCUUCAAGCACAGUUGGAAGAGGCCCUCAAAGAGAAGCAGGAAGUGCAUGAGACGAUGCAAGCCCUCCAGAGUCAACUGGACUUCCAAGAGCAGUCCAUGGUGGAGAAAUCCCUCGUGAGCCGACAGGAGGCCAAGAGUCGUGAAUUUGAAACUAAGCUGGAGUUUGAGAAGACCCAGGUCAAACGCUUAGAGAGUCUUGUAACCCGUCUCAAGGAAAAUGUGGAAAAACUGACAGAGGAGCGAGACCAACGCAGCAGCAGUGAGAUCCGGGAGAAAGAACAGAGCAAACGAAUGCAGAGACAGAUUCGUGACAUGAAAGAAGAGAUUAAUGAGCUAGCCAAAAAGGAAGGAGAGGCCAGCCGCAGAAAGCAUGAGCUGGAGAUGGACAUUGAGAGCUUGGAGGCUGCAAACCAGAGUUUACAGGCAGACCUCAAAUUAGCCUUCAAAAGGAUAGGUGACCUUCAAGCAGCCAUUGAGGAUGAGAUGGAGAGUGAUGAUAAUGAAGACCUUAUUAAUAGUUUACAAGACAUGGUGACAAAGUAUCAGAAAAGAAAGAACAGAACUCAAGGGGAUUCAGACACUGACUCUGAGGUGGAGGGUCGUGUGGAUGGGGUGAAAUCCUGGUUGUCCAAAAGUAAAGGAUCCACCAAGAUUUUUUCAGAUGAUGGCAGCCUGAAGAGCUCGAGGUAAAACACUCUCAAUGGAUGAAUGAUCUUCCCCUCAGACCUUGGGUAGCAAUAGCGAAAGAUGGUCAGAUCCUGUGCUGCCACUGUACCUGCAUGGCUGGAUUGGGUGAAACAUGUUCACAUUUAGCAGCAUCCCUGUUCGCCCUGGAGACAUUAAUACGUAUGAAGACGGCCACUUCAUGCACAUCACUACCUUGUCAGUGGCUGAAACCAUCAGCAUCGCACAUAGAAUAUGCUGAAGGAUACAAUAUCGAUUUUGCCCGUCCAGCCCAGAAACGAAAGUCAGAAGUUUCAACUCCUGAGGAAAGUGCUGCGAGAAAACUGCUGAAUGUUCCUCCACCAACUGAAGAGCAGAAAGCUGCCUUUUACAAGGCUUUGUCUGAAUCUGGUGGAAGACCAGCAAUUUUUAGCAUUGUCCCUGACUAUGCUGACAACUUUGUGCCAAGGGCAGUGAAGCGAAAGCUUCCUGUACCUCUCUCACAGUUGUACAUGUACAGCGUUUCAAACUGGCCUUCAGUUCAUCAAGUUCUGCACGCAGAUUUUUACACUCUGCAGUGAGGGAAUCCAUUGCUUCUCCAGUGAUAUCCGUCUGUGUGGCAGUAGUCACCAUGCCUUCUUUUCGAAUCUCAGCGUGCACCACAUUUGAUCAUUUUCACAAGGGACAGACUGGAAAAUAUUGACAAGUGCUGCUGCUGCUGCCAAUGCCCUCUCGCGGUCUCUCUUGCGCUGCUUGAGAUUUUGUCUUCUCUCAAAGAUCUUCAUUGAACAUUUGAGUUUUCGUUUGUGAGGUGACUGGGUAUGCUUAAAUAUACUUGGCACAUAGUCUGGGGAUAGUGGAUCUUCGCUUUUUGCACCUGAAACAAUUAAACAAUCACAUUAUUCAUAAUGACUCCCAUAAAUAAUUAAGCACGUUGUUGAAGGGGAUAUACCCAGUUCAAUUUGUUUCGUAAUGGCAUUUCAUAACUUGACAUUUUAAAAAAACUGAAUAGAGUGAAAUCAUUCAGAUACUGUACCUGUCUGUUCAAGUUGCUACCAUUUUUAUUUUUUGUUUAUUUUUGCAUGAUGCCUCAUCUGAUUGGCUUGAAAACUUAACCAAUAAAAACGUUAACCUUGUGUCAAUGGCUUGAAAACUUUACCAAUGUAGAUUUUACCUUGUGCCAAAUGAAGUAACAAAAAGCCUCUUGUUCAAAAAUGCUUCAUUAAAAAAAAAACAAGGUUCAUAAUUUUUUUUGAAAUUUCCUAAUGCAUUCACUCAUGAGAAUUAAUUGUUCAAUUCCAAUAUGAAGUUCAAUAUUUACAUUGAUAAAGUCUUCAAGCCAAUCAAAUGAAGCAUCAUGAAAAAAUAAACAAAAAAUAAAAACGGGGGGGGUGAACGGAAGAAAUCAUCCCAUUCCCUACUUGCUGCUCAUGCUGCCUUUCUAAAAAUGCACCCAGCAUUUUCAACAAUCAUAUUUGUAUCAUCCCAUAUUGUAUUAUUUCACAUUUUGUGAAACAAAUCUGGCGUGAAUAGUUUGUUUAAAUACCUGAUAUGAAGUGCUCAUUGCAUAUCCUUGUGUAAAUCGUAGGUUUCCAUCGUUCACGACGAAUCGCCGCGAUCCAUUUAUUGCGUUUUUUGAUGUUUGCCGGAAAUCUAUAGAAGCUAAGAUUUGGUUUAUCGCCUCAUCUAUUGCUACAUCCAACAGCACAGCAGGUUUCCGGCAUUUUCAAGCUCAAAUAGCAGCAGAUGUACCAAGAAAGCGUGUGUGAGUCGUUGACCGGCACUGAACUGGUGACCGGCAAUAUGGCCGCCAAGCUAAUGAGCGUGGCUGAUGACGUCAGCUGAAAAGCCUCUAUUGCCACUUCUAAACCUUUCCAGUUCCAACUGCAUUUGCAAUAGCUCCCUUUGCUGCUCAAAAGUCAACAUGACUGGGCUAGGCUAAAAAGCCGCCCCCGUACUGGCAACAGACUGAAAGAGAACACCAGCUUCCCAAAGACCUUUUUUUUAAUGAACCCCUAACGGUUUCCUUUAACUUUCUAUCUACUGUAAUUUUCGGACUAUAAGUCGCACCGGAGUAUAAGUCGCACCAGCCAUAAAAUGCCCAAAAAAGUGAAAAAAAAACAUAUAUAUGUAUAUAAGUCGCUCCUGAGUAUAAGUCGCCCCCCCCACCCAAACUAUGAAAAAAAAACGCGAUUUAUAGUCCGAAAGUUACAGUACUAUACAAAUUUUGUAAUGCUCAGGAAUCUCCAAUAACUGUUCCUCUGUGCACAAUUCUAAAGCCAACUCUAAAGGCGACUGAACAAAACUAGCCAAAAUGGAGGACAGCAUGUCAGAAAAACCAACCAAAUUACGUAGACAACUUUCAAACUCACCUGUAAAUGGGUUAUUGGUAAGGAGCUCCACCCCACUAAACUCAAGAAAAAGCUAACUAACAAUCUGGUGAGAGGUCUUUAAUCACCAGUGACCCUAGAGGCCACUGCACCAAUGGGGCAUGCAACCACCCACAGGAUCCCACAGAUGUGAACCCGAGCCGACGAAAGGGGAGGAGGGAUUGCGAAGCUCUCCCCACCGAGCUGCCGCCUACAAAAACAUCACGAGCUACCUAUUGUGACCUGCUGAUAAUCCUGACAGGGGAGGACUACCCCCAGGCUAAAUCCAAUACCAGGCCCAGAUGUGAGCUUCUAACCAAAGUAGCACCUGUUUGUCGUGCAAAUUUGUGAUGACGCAGAAGUCACACAGAUUUCCUGGUAUGUAAUUUGUUGCAAGUUCAUGCAUUGUGUUGGUUUUAAUCUUUGAACAAGGUGAUGUUCAUCCUCGGCUCAUUUUGUGCACUAGUAAAAAAAAAAAUCUGUCUUGAA